CGCGCCCCGAGCUCCCUCCGCCUCCCGGCCCCCAGCGCCGCUGAGCCCGGCCCGGGGGUGGGGGAGCCACGGCCGCCGGCGCCUGCUCCGUCCCCUCCCACUCGAACGGCCCCUUCCUCCCUCCUCUCCCGGCUGCUCGCAUUUCCUGCCGCUCUGGCUCUCCCGGCCCCUCAAAGUUCUUCCCAACUUUUUCUCGGCCGAGCGGGCGCAGUAUCGGGGGCAGGUUGCUGCGCUCCUCCGGUCUCAGCUGCCUCCUCUCCUGGGCAGGUCCUCUGGGAGCAGCACACACAAAGUGGCCGCUGGCGGUCCUUCCCCUCCCACCUCACCCAUCCUCCUUGGCCUCCUGAUCCCGGUCCCCUCGGGCGGGACAGCUCGGGUACUCAGGUUCUUCUCCCUUUCCCCUUCGCCGGUGCGCCCCUGAGCCGACUCUCGCGUCCGGACCUCAGCGGAAACCUCCCUCCCCUUUCGCCUCCUGCGGCUGCUUCCCUCCUCCCCUCCUCCGCCAGCCACUGGAAUCAAUUCCGUGGGGAAUUGGGGCUCCGUCGCCGCGGAGGACAGCCUUUCCGCGCGGGACUCCGGGCACCACGGGGUCAUGUAAGCAGCUGUCUUCCAGAAGGCCACACUGGGCAUGGACACCGCUUUCUAUACCUGCAGGAGCACAGGGGGUAGUGUGAUCACCCGGUCACAAAACUGCUAAGGCCAUCUCAGGGGCGUGUGCGCCAGGACAGGAAGGCGGCGUCGGAGGGCCACAGAACCAUGCCUUUUGGUCUGAAGCUCCGCCGGACACGGCGCUACAACGUCCUGAGCAAGAACUGCUUCGUCACGCGGAUCCGCCUGUUGGACAGCAAUGUUAUUGAAUGCACACUGUCUGUGGAAAGCACGGGGCAAGAGUGCCUGGAGGCUGUGGCCCAGAGGCUGGAGUUGCGGGAGACGCACUACUUUGGCCUUUGGUUUCUCAGCAAGAGCCAGCAAGCACGAUGGGUGGAGCUGGAGAAACCCCUGAAGAAACAUCUGGACAAAUUCGCUAAUGAGCCUCUGCUUUUCUUUGGAGUCAUGUUCUAUGUGCCAAAUGUGUCAUGGCUUCAGCAAGAGGCCACAAGAUAUCAGUAUUACCUGCAAGUCAAAAAAGACGUGCUUGAAGGCCGGUUGCGGUGUACCUUGGAACAGGUGAUUCGACUGGCUGGCUUAGCUGUGCAAGCUGAUUUUGGAGAUUAUAAUCAGUUUGAUUCUCAAGAUUUCCUCCGAGAGUAUGUGCUAUUUCCUAUGGAUUUGGCCCUGGAAGAGGCUGUUCUAGAAGAGCUGACCCAGAAAGUAGCCCAAGAACAUAAAGCUCACAGCGGAGUCCUGCCAGCAGAAGCUGAGCUAAUGUACAUCAAUGAAGUGGAACGUCUGGAUGGAUUUGGACAGGAAAUCUUCCCUGUGAAGGACAAUCAUGGAAACAGUACGCACCUUGGCAUUUUCUUUAUGGGGAUCUUUGUGAGAAACAGAAUUGGAAGACAAGCAGUAAUAUAUAGGUGGAAUGACAUCGGGAACAUCACUCACAACAAGUCGACCAUUCUAUUGGAGCUCAUCAACAAGGAAGAGACUGCCCUCUUUCACACGGAUGAUAUCGAAAAUGCCAAGUAUAUUUCUCGGUUAUUUACUACACGGCACAAGUUUUACAAACAAAACAAAAUCUGCACCGAACAAUCAAAUUCGCCACCCCCCAUCAGACGCCAGCCCACCUGGAGCCGAUCUUCCCUGCCCAGACAGCAGCCGUACAUUUUGCCUCCCGUGCACAUGCAGUGUGGCGAGCAGUACUCGGAAACACACACUUCACAAGACAGCAUUUUCCACGGGAAUGAAGAGGCCUUGUAUUGCAAUUCUCACAACAGCCUGGACUUAAAUUACUUAAAUGGCACCGUCACCAACGGCAGUGUGUGUAGCGUUCACAGCGUCAACUCCCUCAGCUGCUCCCAAAGCUUCAUCCAGGCUUCUCCCGUCUCCUCCAACCUCAGUAUCCCUGGGAGCGACAUCAUGCGGGCUGACUACAUCCCUAGCCACCGGCACAGUGCCAUCAUUGUGCCAUCUUACAGGCCAACCCCCGAUUAUGAGACGGUCAUGCGGCAGAUGAAGAGGGGGAUGAUGCACGCAGACAGCCAGAGCCAGUCUCUGCGGAACCUCAACAUCAUCAACACCCACGCCUACAACCAGCCCGAGGACCUGGUGUACAGCCAGCCGGAGAUGCGUGAGAGACACCCCUACACGGUCCCGUAUGGGCCACAAGGGGGUUACAGUCACAAACUUGUCAGUCCAUCUGACCAGAUGAACCCGAAGAACGCCACGGUGCCCAGCAAGCCGGGGGCAAGUGCCAUCUCACACACGGUGAGCACCCCAGAGUUGGCCAACAUGCAGCUCCAAGGCAGCCAUCACUACAGCACUGCCCACAUGCUCAAGAACUAUCUCUUCAGGCCACCUCCCCCAUACCCACGGCCCCGCCCUGCCACCAGCACCCCAGACCUCGCCAGCCACCGCCACAAGUACGUCAGUGGCAGUAGUCCGGACCUGGUGACACGGAAGGUGCAGCUGUCAGUAAAGACCUUCCAAGAGGACAGCUCUCCAGUGGUGCACCAGUCUCUCCAGGAGGUCAGCGAGCCCUUGACGGCCACCAAGCACCAUGGCACGGUGAACAAGCGCCACAGCCUGGAGGUGAUGAACAGCAUGGUGCGAGGCAUGGAGGCCAUGACUCUGAAGUCGCUUAACAUCCCCAUGGCCCGCCGCAAUACGCUGCGGGAGCAGGGGCCUCCAGAGGAGGGGCCCGGCGGCCACGAGGUCCACCAGCUUCCUCAGUACCACCACAAGAAGACGUUCUCCGAUGCCACCAUGCUGAUCCACAGCAGCGAGAGCGAGGAGGAGGAGGAGGCCCCCGAAGCCGUGCCGCAGAUCCCCGUGCUGCGGGGGAAGAUGGAGUACAGCGCCCAGCUGCAGGCCGCCCUGGCCCGGAUUCCAAACAAGCCCCCACCCGAGUACCCCGGGCCCAGGAAGAGUGUUAGCAACGGGGCUCUGAGGCAAGACCAGGGGAACCUUCCUCCUGCCAUUGCCAGAGCCCGGGUAAUGAGGCACGGGCCAGCCAAGGCCCUCAGUGUCUCCCGAACUGAUCAGCUGGCCAUCAACGGGUCCUCUCUGGGGCCGUCCAUCUCCGAACCCGACCUGACAAGUGUGAAGGAGCGGGUAAAAAAAGAGCCUGUGAAGGAGAGACCUGUGUCGGAAAUGUUUUCCCUGGAAGACAGCAUUAUAGAAAGAGAGAUGAUGAUUAGGAAUCUAGAGAAGCAGAAGAUGGCAGGCCUGGAGGCACAGAAGAGGCCCCUGAUGUUGGCAGCAUUGAAUGGGCUCUCGGUGGCUCGGGUCUCAGGGCGGGAAGAGAGUCGACAUGAUGCCACCCGAGUUCCUAUGGAUGAGAGGUUCAGAACCCUGAAGAAGAAGCUAGAAGAGGGAAUGGUGUUCACAGAGUAUGAGCAAAUCCCAAAGAAAAAGGCCAAUGGCAUAUUUAGCACCGCGGCUUUGCCAGAAAAUGCAGAACGCAGCCGAAUCCGUGAAGUUGUCCCUUAUGAGGAGAAUCGGGUAGAGCUGAUACCAACCAAAGAGAACAACACGGGCUACAUCAAUGCCUCCCAUAUCAAGGUGGUGGUUGGUGGGGCAGAAUGGCACUACAUAGCAACUCAGGGGCCCCUGCCACACACAUGCCACGACUUCUGGCAGAUGGUGUGGGAGCAAGGAGUGAAUGUGAUUGCCAUGGUCACCGCAGAAGAGGAGGGUGGACGAACCAAAAGCCAUCGAUAUUGGCCCAAACUGGGUUCCAAGCACAGCUCAGCCACCUAUGGCAAGUUCAAGGUCACCACAAAGUUCCGAACAGAUUCUGGUUGCUAUGCAACCACAGGCUUGAAGGUCAAGCACCUUUUAUCUGGGCAGGAAAGGACGGUGUGGCAUUUGCAGUAUACUGACUGGCCAGAUCACGGCUGCCCAGAGGAUGUCCAAGGAUUUUUGUCCUACUUGGAGGAGAUCCAGUCAGUCCGUCGCCAUACCAACAGCAUGUUAGAAGGCACCCAGAGCCAGCACCCCCCCAUCGUGGUCCACUGCAGUGCUGGGGUGGGAAGGACUGGAGUGGUCAUUCUGUCUGAGCUGAUGAUCUACUGCCUGGAGCAUAACGAAAAGGUGGAAGUCCCCAUGAUGCUGAGGCUCCUCAGGGAGCAAAGAAUGUUCAUGAUCCAGACCAUCACUCAGUACAAGUUUGUCUACCAAGUCCUCAUCCAGUUUCUCCAAAACUCCAGACUCAUUUAAUCUCCAGAUCCAGAUCCUGGAGGAGGGAUCCAGCUCCAUCCUGCAGGUGGAAUCACCUCCAGACAACAUCUGCUCCCCCAGUUGGGGGCAGAUGGCUGGCAAUAGGCCAGGAGCCAAGAUUACCCCGAAAUGUCAUGUAUUAUUUUAUAUGAGAUAAUUUAUUUUUCCCCCUUUGGAAUAACUUUUGUGAAUUAUUAUAAUGCAGUUUUCAUAUUAAUAUAGUACUUUUCAUUUGAACCACAUUUUGACUGAUCUGCAUUGUAAUAUGUCAGGAGGGAAGGUUGUAUGGUAGGUCAUUUUGGGGCAGAGGCAUAAGGGAACACAUCUCUAGUGAAGCUGAAGCCAGAUUUGUAGCCCAUCCUGAAAUUCAUCAGCUUAAUUAGUUGCUCAUGUCCAAAUCAAAGAUGGCAAGAAAAUGAAUUCAUCCUGAAAUAUAAAGAAAACGGCCAAGACCCUUUACUGAAGAAAACACAUUAUUCUGUCAUAUUCUGGGGGCUCAUGAGCCCUGGAUAGACAAGUCACUUUCCUCUCUUUUCCCUUUCUGCCCUUAUCCUCUAUAAUCUCUUUUCUUGCCCUCCUAUGUCCCCAAAAGCUUAAGUUGAAGAUGAGAACAUCGAGAGAAAAUUCUCCCUUUAUGGGGCAUAGUGACAUCUUUCAGGCGAAUGAGGAGCUCCUUGCGUCUUUCUCAACCACCCCUUAUUCUGGGCUCUGGAGCCUAUCUUCCUGCUGGGACUGUACCCUCUAUAUCUGCUGCUUCUCUCUGUUUUCUCAGACCCCAAGCUGCUGAUGUUGAGGCCCUGGGCCAGGCCAUCUGUGCAACUCGGCCUCUUGCCUGAUUGAGAGAGGAUAAUGGCCCAGGGUGGGUAAAGAACAGAGUUAGGCAGGGUCUUGAUAUUGUUUCUUAUUUAAAUAUCAAGUAUGUGCUGGACAAGAUCCUGCAGGUUGAGGUGCUGGGUGCACUCCGUUUUCUCUCAAUCACAGUCAUGGAAAAGGUUAUAAAGAAAACCAUUGACGAAACUAAUUUCUAGGAGCUGUUUGGCACUUAGUUAGCAGGGGCCCUGGCCAGGAGUCACCCACAAUGUGACCCUCACUGUGCUGGUAUCAUCUCCAGGCUUUGGCCUACAAGAGUGUAGUUAAUCUCUCUCAGGACCCUGUAUUCCAAAUCUUGCCACCCUGAUGAGAUGGUAGAAUUGGUCUUUCAGAGUCUCCCAUUUCUCCCUUUACUCCAUGUAACCCACUCUCUGGUCAGUUAUAGUGUGAACCACCACCAGUUUAAAGCUUGGUUCUUAGUUUCUUCCUAUGACUUCAUUCAUCAGAGUCCUUCUGAAUUUCUUAGGUUAAUUAUACAAUAAAUCAUGUAUCACACAUUUUCCAUCUUCCUGAAUUCUGGGGAAUUUCCUUUUCUAUAUCUAGUUUUUUCUUGGACACACUUUUUGAUUGGGGUUUUUGUUCUUAGAACAAGGUGGGUGUUCUACCUGCCUUACUCCAUUGCUGUUUUUUUUUUUUUUCCUGAGUGAAAAGAGAAAAAGAAUGGCAUCACACUGACCAAAGAGAGCUUGCUCUUGUGACUCCCAUCCCACAUACUAAUAGCUGCCUAUGAAACCAGAUUCCCCAUUAACUCAUUUGGAAGAGGUACCAACCAGUUCCUUCCACUGUGGGCCAGUGUGUUAUUGGAUGUGGUUCGGCAUAUUUACACUCAGAAUAUCUGGAGAACUUCCUCUCAUUUCUUCUAUACAAAAGGUGUGUGAUGCAGUUAUAGAGUCUUUACUUGAACUGAGCUUUGUAGAUGUGGAGUUUGGGUAUAUGUUCUGAAAAGAAAACCAUUAGUACCACAUGUGUUUUAAAUGGAACAGAGAAGCUCAUCAGCAGGCAGAAAAGUAUUGACAUCCUUUCCUCAAGAGAGUUUUCAUCCUUGGGAUAUUCUAAGAACUGUCUCAGUUACUAGUUUAUUGUACAAUGAUACCUUCAGUAUUUAUCUUUUAACUCUAAGCCCUAAUGUGAAUACUGUUAAAAUGUCUCCUGCGGGCAGCAUGUAAAGUUGAUGUCUCUUUGAGCUCAUCACUUUUGGGCUUCAUUGAAACCCAAUGAAAAGGGUUAUGCUAUCAGAAUAUUCAUUAAUGCACAAGAUGGCAGAGAGGAAGUAGGUCUUAUAUCCAACUUCCUAGCCAAAGUUUAUAUUGAAACCCAGAGGAAAACAUUUAAAAGUUAUUCCACAUAUUUCAUUUUUAAAAGCGAAUGCUUCUGGUUCUUUAGCACAUUUUGCAUUCCUCUUUACAUCUCCAGUGAAUGCCAGUGUAUCUCCUGUUAAAUUAUCAGCAGCCAUUCAAAGUGUUUUUAGUAGCAUCUGCAUAAUAAUUGCCCAGAGAUGCUUUAUAUCUGGGAAGCAAGCCAAGGAAUAAACCUUGAAGCAAAGUGUAUUAAAUUAGUUAUCUAGUUAGAGCUUUUGGAAUGACUUCCUGAUGAUGUAUCAAGUCUGAAGCUAGAGCUGUCAGGGUCUAUUGCUGCAGUUUGGAUUUGAAGGGAGAAAAUUAAAAAUGGUGGUAAUAAAAGGUAUCCUCUCACACCAAGGCUAUGUAAUAUUUUCCAACCUCUAGUUUUGAAGUUUUCCAGUUGAGAUAUUUUGCUUCUUUCAUUUGCAUUCAUUUAGAGAUGUUGACCUAAAGUGAUCAUCCUUGUUCAGCAUGGUCCUGGAUCCUGGGGCUGAAUUUGAUGUCUUCAUCCUUGAGAUGAAGAUAAGCUUGCUGGCAAUGCUGUGAAGUGUCCUGCUGGGCUAUAUUUUGUGGGGUUCUUGGGAGACACACACAGAUUUUUCCCUGGAUACAAAGUACACAAGAGGAUCUAGCUGCAUUAGAGAGGUUUGUCAGACAUUUAUUUAUAUGAGAGUAAAGACAAACCAGCUUCUAUGCUCAUUUGGAGAUGAGCCACGAGAUCAGGAAGGUAAAAACGUCUCCACAGGGAAUUGAUGAGGAAUAAACUUUCAAGGAGCUUAAACUGAGACAGUUUUACUUUUCCAACCUUUGUGGUUCUGAUUAAGAAGACAAACUACUUUUUGAUUAUAACGACAGUCAUUAUUUACCUGAGUCAGUUUCCAUUAGCCUGGAUAGAGGGUCUUUGGAGACUCUGCUAAAGACAGGCUGUGGGACCCAACCACUGGCUCAUACUCAGCCUUUAUCCUGCCUUCUUUUGGCUUCUGCUUUGCAGUUCCAAAUUCUGCGAGGCAUAGUAAGUCAGCAUUUUUAUCCAGUUAACUGCUUUUUGUUUUCCUUUUCUAGUUUAAUAUAGGUUGACCCAUAUGUAAUUUCCACUAAUUAAGCCUAUUUUCUAUGAACAUAAAAACUUCAUUUGGGUCAACCUACUAUGUACAGUUUGUUUCUUCCCCGAUACAGUGGAUCCCAAUGCCUUAUGUCUUUUCUCUAAGGAAGCGCUAAUGAACACAAAAGUGUGCAUGGUGGACAGCCUGGCUUGUGAGCACAUGGCCUUGCUGCUGUGAUCCUCCCCUACAAGGUGAACAGGCUGUCUCCCAGGGCUCAGAAGUCGCUUCUGGCAGAGGUGAUAGUGCAUGGUUGAUUCUGACAGGCUGGGUUGGCCAUCAAGUCCAUUUUUAUGGAAUUUUCAACUAUUGUCCUUUCUUGAUAUAUUGACUACUUUGAUCUGUAUUAGCUGACUUCAGUCCAUUCAUUAGAAAACAUGACAUGGGUCCCAAAGCUGUCCAUAGUCAAAAAACAGAAUGUACCAUCUAAUCUCACUCUUACUUCCAACGCUGUGUUUGAUGGGUGAAGAAGCAUAAUUAUUGAUUUUUAUUUGGUAAAGAUAUGCCAAUCCCUGGAGGCAGGGUGGGGGAAGAGUAUAGGGAUAUUCUAGACAGAAUGUAUGCCAGAGAACAUAAAUUCAGGGGAUAUGAUUGGUCCAGACCCAUGUUGGUGUUAAUCCAUCCACCAUUCCUCCUCAGUUUGAGGAAUAGCUAGCUCUAUUGGGCUCCUCAGGGAAGGAAAUUUUCAGAAACACCAAGUAAUCUUGGGCUCUUAACGUAAGAAGUUGUUUUGUGGGGAAUUCAGCUUUCCCAUUUUACCCAAGAUUCUUCUUCUGCCAUGUUUUAAUUUUCACCAUUGGUUUUUAUUAGACACACCUCAUGCUCUUAUUUGGCACUUUCUUUUUAUGAGCAGAGCAACUAUUCAUCCAUCUUACCAAAGGAGAAUGUGGGCCUUCCAUGGGAACUGCUUAUUUCCCAAAAGACUUGGUGGGUGACCAACUUAGUUAACUCUAAAGGAUGGAAAUAAUCCCAAUUGGCCCUACAGGGUAGAAAUAACAUUCUAAGGUAUUAAAUUGCUUUUGACACUUCCCUUGAUGUCCAAAGUGGGCAGAAUGAUUCUUGUUUUUACCUCCAAGUCAUUCGGGGGCAAAAUACCUUGCUGCUACAUCUUUAAAGUAACAGCAACGUGCCUGGGAGAAAUGUGAGAGUGAAUUAACCAAAUUCUGCGAAACCAGGUUGUCCAGAAGCCAUUUAUUCAAAGGGCCCUGUGAAGUUCAACCAUUAGCUUGCCCAACCUUUAUCCAGCUUUUGCAUUUCCAGUAGAAACUCAGGUAGGUAAGCAUUUUUGUCCAACAGACUACCUUUCUUAUCUUUUUCAGCUUAAUAUAGCUGUAUCUUCUUUUUCAAGAUGAAACUAAAAAGUUCCCUGUUAACACAUGCCUGACCCUAGCAUUCAGUAUCUGGCAUCAAUCAAUUUCACAGCCUGCAUAAUUUGUUGUUUGAUGCAGUCAAAGGAAGGCAGUGUAUUCAUUCCUACUGUUCAAAGUUUUGUCCAGCUUUCCCAUUUUAACAAAUAAUUUCAGGGACAUUGAGUUCUAAAGCAGGAGGGCUGGAGCUCAAAGACAACCUCAAUAUGUGUAGAAAGUCGCUGUUCCUUCUGCCAUGCUCUGGGCCACCAGGAUCAUUCUUAGUGCCCUAAGCUUGCCCAAAGAUAAGACAUACUUGGAGAGAAGAGUUAGAAUGGUUUUAGAUUAGCCCUGAUGUUCCUCUGAAAAUGUUAAUUCACAAUUUUUUGUACCCUGGAAUGUCUCUCCUAUUCCCUACCCUGCUUUGUGCAAUGUCACAAGUGUUGGAAACUAUGAAGUGGCACCCAGGGAAAAGAUUGCUGUAGCACUGGGAUCUGUUUUACCCUGGCUUCUAGUGUCCAACUGCAUCCUCGUAGCUGAGGGGCAGCUGGGUGAGUAUCAUGAACCAUGAUGCCGUGUAUGCUGUGUGCCUGGGUUAGCUGCUCAAGAGCACAUCUUUCAUCUUGCACCGGUAGCCCUUCCUUUCCUCGCAGCCUUAUGCUGAGGGCUCUGCUCAGCGACGUAGCUCUCAGGGUUAGUGAGCAGACCUCCCAAACAUCCAGGUUUCCUCUCGCCAGUGAUCUCAGGUGCUGCAGAAAGUUUUUCCUUUAGAGGUCAUGUAUCUAACCAGAGCACAAAAAUGUAGAAUAUAAACACAGCGAUUGCAUUCGUUUCCCAUCUCUCAGGCAGCAUGUGUUACAUCACAUCUUUAUUCCUAGGGCGUUUCAUUCACUCAAGGCUCUGCUGGCUCUUCAUGCUUUUCCAUUUGCUUCCUGGUUCAUCUCUUAAGCACACUUUUUUUUCUUUCUGUACCCUAUUUGUGCAACCCCUACAGAAGUUAGUCUGGUCAUAGAGAAUCAUUGUCUUGAACCUCUACAAAAUAUGUAACUAGGGAAUCUUUUAAUCUUUCUUUAAAAAAAAAAAAAAACUUACUGUUUCCAGGAAUUGGAUCUGACAAGUGAAAAUAACCAGAAGUAGCUUAGAAAACUGUCUAGCCUUGGGGAAGAUGUCCUUAUUUACCCUUUUGUUCCCUCAGUGAUCACAGCUAUCAUUAUUAGAACGAAUGAAAGCAAAAGUAGGUAACACUCUUAAGACAAUGAUUGCCAUGGUAUUUAAUAUUUAUUUUGAGGUGAGCUUAGGUAGCUUCACAUUGGUGCGGUGACAUCUGUGGUCUAAUUGGUUUCUAGCUUCUUGCCGCCAGACCAUGUUCCCUUCAUCAUGGCCUCUACACACACUGACCAAUCUGGGGAGGCAGACUUGUGUCUCUGGGCUGCCAAGGAACAUCAAAAGGUAGAUUGUGAUCAAUAAUUCAGUUAUCUAGGAGGGCAGAAUAAGCGGUUCAUCCAGUCUGUGUGGAAGUUCUUUUCUUCCAUAACCUCUUCCUUCAGGGAAACAGAAAUGCCAUCUCAUCUGACAAAAGGUUUAGAGGAAAAAAGCUGAGAUUGGGAUCUUUCUGUGCCUUGGAGUGAAACCUUUUGCUAAAAUCUCAGGAAUGCUGCUUUGAGGUUAGCCAGGUGACUCUCAGGGCAGGGGCGCCUGGCAUUCUCGGCAUUUCUCAGGGCCUCCCACCUCCUCCCUCAACUGCAGUGUUAGCUAGUAAAUACUUUCAGCAGAGAACCAAAACUGUCAUUCAGAGCUAUUCCCUCCACCCCCAACUUGAACACUGUAAAAUUUCACUGCAGUUUCUCCUGAACUGUCUUGCCAUUGUUUGGAAUCCUACAAUUCUUUAACAUUUUCCUUCAGACAUAUAAGGUACACUCUCCAUUAGAGACGAUUCUGUGUGUGUCCCUUGUGCCUUCAGAAGUCAACUAACCUGGUUGAGGACGGGAGGGAAAACAGAUUUACAUAUGCAGAUGACUAUUAAAUGUAUAACCUUAUGUAACUAGUGUUACAUCAAAUAACAGCCUAAUCUAUUUUGUUUCACUGGACUGUUGUACUCUGUGAUCUCAGUAUUGUGAUGCUCUCCUUGGUCUGUUUUGUAAAAUGUUGUGAAUUUUGCUAUCCUUCAAAAUAAUUGAUGUCUAAUAGGUUUUGUUUUGAAAUGAUAUUCAGGCAAGUCCCCAACUUAGAAACCAGUUUGUUCUUAUUAAAGUUCUUAGGUCAGCCCACAGAAGCCCACUGACUUCCAACAAAGCUGAAACACAGGCCUGUGUCAGAACUGGUUGAGUUUCAUGGGCCGACCUGCAAAUGGAACCACGGAACUAUUAUGUUGUUGUGGUGAGAAAUGCAUUCCAGGUUGGGACUUGGGAUCCUGGGGACACAUUCUUCUCCCCAUGGAGGCCACUUGGUACUUGGCAAAAUGAAAGCCGAGUCUCUUUACUACCAAACUACAGUUGUUAUGGCGGGGAGACGGACUGAGUUUAUAGGACAUUCCCUAAGUUGGGGAGUGACUUUAUCUGUAGUCAUGUCAACUGUACUUUGGUGUAGACUCCCUGUCAGUUUAAUAAUAUUAAAAGCCUUAAAUGAAACUA